AUGAUAGGUCCUAAUAGCACUAUGCAGCAUGUUAAUGACUUCCAGAGCCUAGCUCCCCUGCCUCCAGUAACCGGACAGUUUUUGCUUAACCUCGAGACCAAUGCUCUUGACAGUAGAUUUUUCCAGCCCAUUCGCCAAACCGAGCUGGCAAGUGAUGACUUCUGCCCUUCUGGCCUACCUCUUGACAAGACGAGUGAGGAACCUGUACAAACGUCUUCAGCAUGCUUGGCUGGGGGGCUGGCUGGAGUGUCAAGGCCACUCGCUUCCUCAAGUCUUGUCGGUAAGGCCAGCAUCCCGGGGCAUGAGGCGACCAGUUCAGAGGCGUCAAGUGUAUUCGCUUCGAGGCAGGCAGAUCUGUGGAAGCGAAUAUGCUUCCCAAAGUCCAGCUAUGUGUAG